AUGGCUGACCGCAGCCGUGGAACGACGACAAACUUCAACAGCAGCACUGGAAGCACCUCAUCCCGUCCCCGGGCCAGCGCCACUCUGGCCGGGGUUCGUCGCAACCUCUUUCAGACUCAGAAUGCAAAGCCACGGCGGCCUGUAGCUCCAUCCACACACUCUGCCGAAACGCUGAGGAUUGAGGCCGAAGCGCCAGCCCCAGACACCUCAGAAAUCGUCGUUCGCGAUCGCCAUGGAGAGAUCGAAUUCGGAGAGCCCCCUUCCCCCGAUCUAGAGGAUGAAGAGGAGUUGCCGCUAGACGACCAGCAGGAAACGGAGCAGGAAAGGCAAAGACUAGCAGACGCAGUUAAGCACCAUCAAAUCAACAGCAGCUCCAUGGCCGAACAACCAGAAGAACUCCUCGAGGCCGUGAGGGCAAGUCUCCGUGCUAAAGUAGCCGCUCUCUCAGAAGACAAUUGGAUGUAUGAGCCAGAGGAGCAAGUUCGCACGCUCUGA